AUGGGAACAAUAUUUACUCGAAGAUUUGAAGGAGAUCUUAUUUCCAAUCAAGUUCCUGUAAAACUCGUGAAUUUGGAGAGAUUAUAUGAGUUGUUUGUAUCUAAAUUUGCCUUUUCAUCAUCAGACCUUUCAACACAUUUCUUCAAAGUCCAUUUCACCAUGAUAUUAACAUACAAGACACUUACUUAUGAUGAAGACAAUGAAGUGCUAAAUUCUGAGUCUGAGAUUACUGAAUCUGGAGGUGAUAAUGGAGGCGAUAAUAGAAACAAACUACAAUGGGAUGAUGAUUGUCCUUGGAGCGAGUGGUAUACUGCAGAAGACCCUGUAAAAGCCAUUUCUGUACUAGAGUCACUUCUUAUUAGAGAAGUACGUUGGUGUUGGGAAGAGUCACAACCAUUGCCACGAAUGCCAACCAAAGCUGCAAUUGAUCUAUCAACCUCUUUAGUUCACAAAAAUCUGCAAAUGCUUGCAAUAUAUAUUGAGAAAAAACGUCAACAAGAUACUACCGGUGACAACAGUAGUGAUACUCCUAGUGUUGAGGCUAAUGAAGACUUUUCUUAUCCAUCAGGAGCAAAAGAAGAAGGUUUAGUGAAGGAAAGUGAUAGGCUUGACAGCAGUGAUCCUGUUUUCACUCACACAUACACAUGGGAUUCAAAUGUGGUGAUUGAUGAAGCAAUUGAGCCUGGAAGAAGAGUUACUGUAGCUAUGGGAACCAAUCGACAACUGGAUGGCUUAGAGCAAUGGUUGCAAGAGAUGAGUUCAGAAGAAGAAGAAACAAGGUUGCAACUAUAG